UUCUGCAGCUGCUGCUGGCUAGUGUUUGCACGUCAGUCGUCAGACACGCCUCGCGUUGCGACGAAAGACUUUUUCGCAUAAGGUGCUUUGCCAGCACAUUUUGCGGAUGGUCAGUCAUUUGAGCAAGCAGAUUUAGCGGAUUCAUGCCCAAAUGUCGCUCGUUUAGCGGAUCAAUGGAAGGCCAUCCCGCUUCUUGCUGUGUCGACGGCUCGUCGUGUAAGGUUUAUUGUUCGCAUCCUAGCUCUUCGGUACAAAUGAUCCUCAACUAGAUUCGAAUCCUUGCCGUGAAUCUCGUCAGCAGGAGCAGGGAUUGCGAGGCGAAGGCCGUGAAUGCAGAGGCGUAACGCUGAUGCCUACCCUUCUGGCCUGGUUGUAGGGCCAUUCCUAUGUCCUCGCAUCAUCAAUGCCGUUCAUCCAACGUUACCCGUCGCCAUGGUCGCCGACAUUCCGGCAGUCUCGGGUCCGCGUGGAAACUGCUGUUCGCGUUCAUCUUUCCCUGCUGGUCGUCGUCGUAGCGCUCAUCCUCGCCACUCUCCCAUCGGCCGCUAUUCGUCUCCCCGCGACUCAUCUGUCAGCAAGGCGGGGCGUGCAUCCCAGCAGAGGGAUGAACGUUAACGCAGCCAGCGACGAAGACGACGACAAUCACUCGGCCAGUGACGACGACAGCAACGUCGCGGAGCAGCAGAUAGAGCACGUUCUUCCGGAAUCCGUCAGCGGCGCGAGCGACGAGUCGCACGAGGACUACACAGAGCAUGUCGAGGAGCUGGAGCACAUAGAGAACGCCACGCUGGCGAACUACACCAGCAUCGACGCCGGCCACGGGGACGACGAGUCAGAGGACGGACACGGGGACGACGGGUCGGAGGACGGACACGGGGACGACGGGUCGGAGGACGGGGAAGGCGGAAAGCCUUCGCCUCCGCCUCCGGUGGUGUGCGCGGGGGCGUGUCCGCACCGGGAGUGGGAGGCGCUGAGUCCGAGCGCGAGCGAGGGGAAGUGCGAUUGCGUGCACCCCGCGGAGCUGGCCGUGCGGCUGUCCAACGCCACCGCCGUGGAAAUGCACUUCGCGUCCUUCGUCCACGACCUGUCGGAGCAGCUGCAUCUGCCGGAAUCCUCCAUCCUGCGCAACUCGCUCACGCGCGCCGACCACACGGCAGCCAUCGUCACGCUGCUCCUGCUGCCGCGCUUCCAGCCUGUCUUCCCCCGCGCCUUCCUUUCCCAGGUGGACUCGCGCCUCAGGCACCACCACGUGCACCUCGACCCGCGCCUGUACGGCCAGUACUCCCUCGUGAGCGUCAAGCAGCUGCUGCCACCCCCGUCACCUUCCCCUCUCCCAGGCCCAUCCCCUCCACCCGCUCCUUCUCCACCAGCCCCUGGCAACAGCAACAGCAGCAGUAGCAGCAACAGCAGUGAUAGUGCUGCCAACUCCAAUGGCGGUAGCAGCAGCAACAACAGUACCACUGGCACUGGAAGUGGUAGUGGUAACACCACUGGCACCAACAGCAGCAGCAGCAGCAGCAACAGCAGCAGCAGCAACAGCAGCAGCAGCAGUAGCAACAGCAGCAGCAGCAGUCCUAGCAGCAGUCCUGAGAGCAGCCCUCGCCCAGAGGGUGUAGCCAAUUACAUUGGCUCCAGUAGCAGCAGCCUUGGUUCGGGCACAGGGGUGGGGGGGAAGGGAGCGGAGGCAGAGGGGAGUGACGUGGGGGAGGGGAGGGGCGGGCAGCAGGGGAUGAGUGUCAACAUGCUGCUGCUCGCCGUGGGGGGCGCGGUGGUGCUGACAGCAGUGGCGGUGGGGGCCAUGGUCUACUGCGCAUGCGUUCCGCGACGCACCAUGGAUGACGUCAUGCCAUCUGCGACAGAGGUCCUGAUCAAGGCCGAGGGCUCUGCCAGCGGCCUCCAACAGCAACCACACUUCCCUCACGGGGACGGGGAUGGGGAUGGCCCAUCCCCGUGCUGUCUUGGAGGAAGCGCGGCUGGUUUGAUAGCAGGGGGUGGGGCAGGUGGAGCAGGUGGGGCAGGUGGGGCGUACAGGAGGAUGGAUGAGAGCAAGGAGUGGGGAGCAGGCAGGGAGAGGGACAGAAGUGACGAGCUCAGUGGAGUGGGCCCACUGGGGUGUUACAAUACCGGUGCUGCUGCUGCUGGAUCCGCUGCUGCUCUUGCUGCUGCGGUGUCGGUGGCUGCAUGGCCAGCAGCGGGGUUGGACCACAGGGCAGGCAGUAAGGGCCACAGCGAUGGAAAGUCUGGGGCAGCAAGUAGGGGUGGAGGAUUCGCUGGGCUCUCCGGUGUGAGGGAGUUCUCACUGCAUCAAAUGGCGCUUGCAACCAACGAUUUCCACGAGUCGUCUCUGCUGGGCGAGGGCGGCUUCGGUCGAGUGUACCGAGGCACCAUCUCCCUGCCUGCACACUCCCCCUCCUCCUCCCCCCCUGCUGCUCCUAUCGAGGUAGCAAUAAAGAGGAUGGACCGGGGUGGCCGCCAGGGCAACAGGGAGUUCCUGGUGGAGGUGGAGCUCUUGUCCCGCCUGCACCACCGGCACUUAGUUAAGCUCCUGGGGUACUGUGCGGAGCGGGGCGAGCAGAUGCUGUGCUAUGAGCUCUUGGGCAACGGCAGCCUGCACUCCUGGCUGCACGGGCCGCACUCCCUCGACUCCUUCCUCGAUUGGCCCGCGCGCCUCUCAAUUGCAGUGGGGGCGGCGCGAGGCCUGGCAUAUCUACAUGAUGGAUCUCAGCCGUCGGUGAUUCACCGCGAUCUGAAGCCGUCGAACAUCCUGCUGGACGGCAGCAUGAGCCCCAAGCUGGCGGACUUUGGGCUGGCCAAGGCAGCACCGGAGGGAGCAGAUGAGCACGUGUCCACCCGAGUCAUGGGCACCUUUGGGUACGUGGCGCCGGAGUACGCGAUGACGGGGCACCUGAUGGUGGCGAGCGACGUGUACAGCUUCGGGGUGGUGCUUCUGCAGCUGCUGUCGGGCCGCCGGGCCGUCGACAGCACCAGGGCCCCGGGGCAGGAGAGCCUCGUCGUGUGGGCGCGUCCUCUGCUCGCCAAGCCAUCCCGCCACCGCCACCUGCUGGACCCGCGUCUGCUCGCCUGCCCCUCGCCCCCCCCACCCUCCGCCCUGCACGCGGUGGCAGCGGUGGCCCACGCCUGCGUCAAGAGCGACCCCGCCGACCGCCCACCCAUGGGCACUGUGGUGGAGCUGCUGCGACGGGCGCAACAGACGAGCGACGCCGACCAGCAGCAGCAUCCAUUUGGAUCCCUGACCUCUUUCGAUGCGCAGUGCAUGCCCCCACCCCAUGAGCAGCAGCAGGGCCGGCCGUUGAUGCAUCAUGACUUAAAGCCCGGUUCCUCCCUAACUUCCCUCGGUCCUCAGUGUGAUCCCAACGCACCCGCCCUGCCUGCAGUGACGACCACCCCUCCUGGCAGCACCAGCACCCCGCCCUGCUCCUUCCCAGGGUCGUCUCUCAUGGAUAGUUCACACGGCACUCGCAGCCGCAGCAGCAGAAACAGCAGAAGCGAUCAGUCUGGUGCCAACAGUAGGAGCAGCAACAGCAACCCCUCUGCAGACAGGAGUAGGAGCAGCAGAAACAACAGAGACAGCAGAAUUGGUGGAUGCCCCCUCCCCCCUGUGGGCUCUCAGUUUCCUCCCCAAGCUCGUUGUGACUUGGGGAGAAGAAAGCAGAGGGAUGCGGAUUCAGGUCUCGGUAGAACAGAGAUAUCUGAUCCAGACUUGGAGGACACUGCCACGUCAGCACCACCACCCCCUUCAAGGCGAGCUAGUAAUGAAUUCCAAGCUGAAGCACAGUUUGCAGGCAACGCUACAAUGGCUGCUGCUGGCCCUGCAAUCGACACAGCUGCAGCUGCCUCUGGUGUGGCGCUGGUAGCUCAACAGGAAAGUCCAGCCAGUGUGAUCGGGUCAGGGCCACACUUCUCCCCGUUCUCCCACGAGCAACCAACUGCUGGGGGGUGCUCUCAUCCAUCUUAUUGCGCAAGGCCUCCUGUUCACAACGCUUGUACUCAAUCUGGAGGCAUGGUGGUGGUGGAAACGUUAAGACUGGGUGAGGUGGGGCACCCAUCCUCAAAGCUGCAGACAGCCGGUGCUGUACAGCCUGGUCCUUCAAUAGCGUCAAUGCAGGAGAUUGAAGGCCAAGGAGAAGUCUCCUGGCAGAUGCUUCCUCCCCCAGUUGUGAAUAGCACUCCCGUGUUUAGACUAUCUGAUUGUUGUGAAGGGAAGAUGGACAGCUUUGAGGUUAGAGAAAAAAGAAGUGAGGAAGAAUCCAUAGAUGUAGCGUAUUCUACAGGAAGUCCUGUUAGGUUGUAGCUUGGUGUAAGUUAUGUAUUCUCUUAGGCUAGCAGGGCAUGGAGAUGAUGUGAGGAAAAGAGCAUGUAGUAAUAGAAUUUGGAGAAAUUG